GGCUGACCCAAGUAGCUCGCCUGACCGCCCGGCACCGCCGCCCACGACUGCGCCUGCACCCAGUUCCCCAGCCCCAAUGCCUCCGGGACCAGGAUCCCCGGGACGGCGAGCAUCGCCCAUCUGCAGUGGAUCAGCUCCGACUCCUUGAACCGCUCCAGGUUCUCCGGGACGGUGCCCAGUCCGAGCGGGUCGAACCCGAAGUCACUGCAUUGUAUCGUGUAUAUAUAUCAGAGAUCAAUUCAAUCAAAGUUCAGAGCUUUGAUCUGAUUAAUUCAUUCUUAUGGAGGUAACUAAUAAUCGAACCAAUGGGAAAUUGGGAAUUUGUUUCCGUACCCGGGAGCAGAGCCGUCGAGGUGGGCGGGUCGGGGCUGGCCGGGCAUCCAUUCGGCGGACAUGACGACCCGGCCGGAGGAGGCGACGGCGGGGAGAGGAACAGAGGAGGCGAAUUUGGACCUGGAGGAAGAGAGGAGGGACGGGAAGGCGAUGGCGAGGCCGCCGCCGCCGCUCAUCGCGGAAUUCGCCGACAUCUUCCCCCCGGUGGAAAUGGAAGAUUGAAGAAACGAGAGAGAGAGAAUGAAUUGUGAGUGGCUGAAAACAGAGGGUUAUGAGAUGGUUAUGAAUGAGAAUGAGGAAGAAGAUGGUACGGAGAGAAUCUGAAAAUGGAUUUGGAUUGGCUAGAGGAAAGCUUACAUGGGUUACGAUUAUUGGGCCACGUCGGAUUUCCCAUAUCCGGGUUCGGUUCGGAUUGCCUACGUGGCGUUCCCCAUCCUUACUUGUGGUCGAGGUUUGCUGUCACUCAUUGCUGCUCCCUGUACUGGGAUAAAAUCAAGUUCCUCUUUCCAUAGUGAGAAUAGUAGCCGGACCGGGCCGGAUGAAGGAAAACCCCUCUCAUCUCUACCCGCCAUUGCUGAUUCAGUUCAGCUUUCACUUGACCCUGCCAAUUGGUUUGGAAACUCAAUACAUACAGAACCCUGAUAGCAGCAGCUACGGGAAAAGAUGCAGAGAAUCUUCGGCAAUAAGAAGAACAAGGAUCCUCCUCCUUCCAUCUCCGAUGCCUCCGAUAAGAUUACUAAAAGGGGCGAUACUGUGGAAGAGAAGAUAAAAAAGCUGGAUAUUGAACUCAGCAAAUACAAAGAACAGAUUAAGAAAACUCGGCCUGGGCCUGCUCAGGAGGCUGUUAAAGCACGUGCCAUGAGGGUUCUUAAGCAGAAGCGCAUGUAUGAGGGUCAGCGUGACAUGCUCUACAACCAGACUUUUAACCUGGAUCAAGUCGCUUUUGCUGCUGAGGGUAUUAAAGAUGCUCAACAAACUAUGUCAGCUCUGAAGUCUGCCAACAAAGAGUUGAAAGGGAUGAUGAAAACUGUUAAGAUUCAAGAUAUAGAUAACUUGCAAGAUGAGAUGAUGGACCUGAUGGAAGUUAGUAGUGAAAUCCAAGAAACUCUGGGUAGAAGUUAUAACGUGCCCGAUGAUAUUGAUGAGGAUGAACUCAUGGGUGAACUUGAUGCUCUCGAGGCAGACAUGGGAUUCGAAACUGAAGCUGACGGUGUGCCAUCAUAUUUGCAACCUGACAAGGAACAAGACCUGGAUGCAGAACUCAACCUGCCUACAGCACCUAUGGGACAUGCUGCUAGACCCCAGGCGGAGGAUGAUCUGUCACUACCUUCUGUUCCGCGAGCAUCCCUUCGUGGCUAAUCUUAUUGUCGCCUGUACUUACUAUUCUUGUGCAUAGUCAAAUUCGAUAGAGAAUCCGCACUGAAAGGGAUGGCUAAUAUCUGGCUGAGUUCUUUUGUUCUUCCUUUUCAACUUUUCAGAAAGGACUCGUAGCCUUGCCGUGAAGUUAUAUGUAUUGUACUGAGUACUGUUAUUGUGAAUGGCAUCGAUAUUGACAUACAAGGUCGCAAGUAUCACCUCUUUUCAUA